UGGUACCAGAACUUGGUGUUUGAUAUGAGUUUGGAGAGCAUGAGUGCUGCCCAGAAGCAGACGAGUCCUCUAGCCAGUUUGGGAAGCUCAGGGACCACCACUGCUGCCAAACCUGUCCUCACUCAUGUGAGCAGCCCUUCAGCCACCUCAGGAGCUGUUGUUGCACCCUCUCCUAGCACCAAAUCUCAGGGAAGUCAACCUACGGAUCGUCUGACCACCCAGGGAACAGCCUCUUCCAGCAGACCUGGCAGCACUGGCACUUCUGUUACCCCUUCAGGUGGAUCCCAGUCCCUCACCACCAGCAAAACAUCUCUGGCUGUACCACCUGGCAGCACUGACAAGGUCUCAGAGGCAACCACCACAUCAGCUCCUGGAGCAGACCAGAGCAGCCACAGUGUUGGACCUACAUCAGCCAAGGCUCCGAGUGGGAUGGGGGAGCAGCCUGUGAGCAGCAGUCCUGGCCACCAGCACCCCAACACUUCUGCCAGGAAUGAGCUCAUCUGUAGAGAUCAGGAUCAAAGUAACAAGCCUACCAUGUACCUGAAAAAAGCCAAGAGCUGUGCUGACUGGAGGAUGGCCAGCACCAACAUCUCCUUCUUUGAGAGCUUCUGCUCGACGGCCCAGCACACGUUCAACGCCAGCGCCGAGUCCUGCAGGGUGACACUGACAUCCCCCGAGCCUCACUCCCACCACUGGGCCCUUGAGAUUGUCCUGUGCCUUACUUUGGACCCUGAAAAGGUCCUGAAGGAGCUGAAGGAGAAGGACAAGUUAGAGGAGCUUGGUAUAGCCAACAUCACCUCUGACAAAAUGGAGAGGGAGAUGAUCAUCAAUGACGAGUUCAGCACUCCCCUGAUCAUCACCAUUGUCACCCUGGCUGGGUCCCUGCUGCUCAUUGCCACCAUCUACGGCUGCUGCCACCAGCGCUUCUCCCAGAAGAAGGACCAGCACAUCCACCCUGACCUCCCCGGGUUUGAUGAUGGACAUGUGGCCCUGAUCUUUAAUCAGCGCCUGACCGAGGAGCUGCAGACAAUGGAGAAUGGCUACCACGACAACCCCACGCUGGAGGUGAUGGAGACCUCCUCUGAAAUGCAGGAGAAGAAGGUGAACCUCAAUGGUGAGCUGGGAGACAGCUGGAUCGUUCCUCUUGACACCCUGAUGAAGGAGGACCUGGAGGAAGAGGAGGACACACAUUUAUAG